CAGAUCACUAUCAGCACUCCCUACACACGAGUGCAAUGGCAUAACUGAGACGAGAGGAAAAGUGACAUAGAACAUUACAAUAACAUCUUUAUUUAAGUGUAUUCCAAAGCCAUGAGCUCAGCUCAGCAGUUGCUCCGGUCUCAGAGGGACUUGCUGCUGAGCUGGACCCUGGAUCACCCGGCACCCUUGCUGCGUUGGCUGCGUGAUGCUGAGGUGCUUUCUCCUGCCCACUACCUGUCCCUGCUUGAGAGGUCACCAUCCAAUGCUGUGGCCCAGGCAAUGGAGAUGGUGUGUGCCACUGAGGAGAGCAGCCAAAAGUUCCUGCAGGUGCUGAGGGAGGUGCAGGACUAUUACUGCCGAGAUCUCCAGCUCUGGGUGGAGAGACACUGCAGGGACGGUGUCAGUAAGACAGCGCCUGAACCUUUAACAUUUGAAGAAAAGAAGCCCAAAGGUUUUACUAAGCUGUUCAAAGGAAAGAGCAAAGGAUUUACCCUGGCCACUGAAUCAAAAGCAAAAGAACAACUGAAACUUAGCAGGAGUGUAAAGCUGCCCAACCUCCGAGUUCCUAUUUCUGCCCAUAAAACAACCCUGCUGAAACGCACAGAGCAGUUUAAGUGUUACUCAGAGGGAGCGGGAGAGACUUCAAACUCAGCUUCUCACAUCGAGAUCCGCUACACUGACCUUUUCGUGACAGAAGAUGAUGACUUUGUUGACAACCAACAUGAGUAUUUUGACCUGGCGAGCAGACGGGCUCGCAUCUAUGUCCAUCAGGCUUGCCAGCGUAUCCGGCCGUGCCAACUAUUGGACCCCCAAGGAACAUCAGGACGGCCCCCUAAAAGGGUUAAAGUGAAGGGUAUUGCUGGUAUUGGAAAGAGCGUAGCAGUACAGAGACUCGUCUAUGAGUGGGCGAUCGGGAAGAACAUGCGUGAUUUCACCUGCAUUUUUGACCUGCGCUUCAGAGAGCUCAAUCUGAUUGAAGCUCCGCUGAGCUUACAGGAGCUGCUUGGAGAACGGUUCCGGUACUUAAAGGAUGCACUACCUGAACUGUUCACUUCCCCAGGCUCUUUGCUCUUCAUCUUGGAUGGGUUGGAUGAGUUCAAAUUCAACUUGGACUGGAACAGUCCUGACAAAAACAUUGACUUUCGCUCGAAGGUGCCAGUGUCAGAGCUGAUUGUGGCUUUAAUCAAGGGAAGCCUUCUCCCAGAGGCAUCGGUCAUUCUCACAACAAGACCGUCUACUAAGGCACCCAAGCAUUUCUUCCAAAGAUGUUGUGUGGUGCUGGGCUUCGAGGAGGACCAGGUGAAAGAAUAUACCACCAAGUUCUACAAAGAUGGAAAAGUUGCUAAACAAGUCUAUGAUUAUAUCUUGAACAAUGACAGCCUUUUUGUGCUGUCUUUCAUUCCUCUUUAUUGUUACAUCAUCUGUACCGCUAUGGCUGAGUUCUUCUCUUCAGAAAAUCCAGAUGUUGGUGACUCAAAGUCUCUGGAUCUAAACCCGCCCAGAACGGUCAGCGAGGUUUACUUCUGCUACCUGUUUACAGCAGUCAAGCACCAUGCACUAAGGGGGAGUGCAGAGAGAAGCACCCCAAGAUCUGAGGUUCUCUCCCUAGCAAAGCAACAACUGACAAAGUUGGGAAAACUGGCCUAUGAAAACCUUCUUCAGAAGAAGAUCAUGUUCAGCAGAGCAGAUUUGGAGAAGUAUGAUGUUAAACCUGCUGAUCUUCAGAGCACCUUUCUCUGUCAAAUCCUCCAGCCUCUCAAAGAGGAAACAGUGGAGAUGUUUUCUUUCUUUCACUUGACUGUUCAAGAACAUCUGGCUUCACUCUACUGUGCCAUUAACCUCUUCAGUCAGGAGGACUUAAUCCAAGCUCUUGACUUCUGGUGCUUCGGGCUAUGCCCACCAUCCUCCACAGCUGCACCUCUGAAAAACACAGAUCUCAACAUAGACAAGCUGGAGAGUCUCCAGAUGUUCACACGUUUCUUCUUCGGGAUGCUCCGAGCUCGGCUGGCAGGUCAGUUGGAUGGCCUUGUAGUUUCCCCAAUGGAGCAAGGGGAUGGCAUCCCCACCAGGCUGGGUGUGUGGUUCCAAGAGCAAUUUAAGGACAGGAAGCUAAAGAACCAGGCUUCCCUAAAUCUUCUCCACUGCCUGAUGGAGUUUCACACGAAGGAAGCCACCAGCCUGGCAGCACCAGCGAUAAAGAAACUGUACCUGUUUAAAAUGAAGCUGAGCGUAGUGGACUGUGCAGCCAUACAUUACGUGCUGCAGUUCUCUCCACACAAGCUCCAAGAGCUCAACUUGGGCUACUCCAACAUUGGAAACAGAGGCCUAAAAAGACUAUGGCCAAUCCUACAUCGCUGUGAAUCUCUCUAUUUGAGAUACAACUGCCUGGAUAGACAAGCUGCUAUUUUGGAAUCUGCAGUUCUGAAGUCAAAUGAGUGCCAAGUGAAGAAGCUCUUUAUGUGUGGCAAUAACCUGGGACCAGACGGGGUGUUGGAGCUCUGGAACGCUCUUGAGUACAACACCACUGUGGAGGAACUUUAUCUAGACAUCACCGGCAUCACAGAACGAGGAACAGAAAACAUUGUCAACUGCCUCGGCAAAAACAAAUCUCUGAGGACACUGACCAUUGUUGGGAAUGACAUCGGAGAGGUGGGGAGGACAAGGCUGAGGGAGCUGGAAAAAUGUCGACCUGACUCCGGAUUAUCGCAAAUUUUGUGGAUGACCUGGGAUUACUUCAGGCAUACCUGGACUGGGUGGAGGAGAUCCGGGAAGACAGAGAUCAGAUGGAUUCAGUGAAGAAUGCAGACGCCCUCCAGUCUGUGCUGAGAGGGCUCCAGGUGGCAGAAGAGCAGGUGGAGAAAGGAAAGAAUGCGGAGAAAGCUAAGGAGCUCAAGAAAAAUAUUUUGGAGCUGCUGAAGUCUUCUCCAAAUCCAACCGGAGGGAGACAAGUUUUGUAGCAAGUGUUUGUAAAAGGUUGGGGUCUCCAUAUAAGUAGUAGCUGGUUUCAAGGCAUCCACCAUGAGUCAACCAACAGUCAGACAUAUCCUAAUGUUUGGCUUUGAGCCUUCUUCUACAACUCUAUCAACAUACUUAUAUCUUUUUAUCUGCUUGAUUCUUUAUGGUGAGGAACAUGAGAAGAGCCCAGCUCCUGACUCAAGCAUCAACACAUUUCUUCCAUUUUUCAUUACGUGUUUAUGAUUGCAUUUAGUCACACUUGUGUUCAGCUACUUGGAAUCCCUCGAACAGUAACCAAAACUGAUGUUACUUUAAGCAACUACAACAAAGGGAGGAAGAGCAACACUGUCAGCUUUCUCAGCAAGAAAUAACCCUUCUCCUCACAACAAAUGCACAUGCUGCCCUCUAGUGUUAGGUUUAGGUUACUUUCUUCUUUAUCCUCGCUGUUGGAAAUUAGGGGUCAGGGAAAAACAGAUCCUGUAAGAAUCAAGAUUGCAUACUACUAAGCUAAAAUACUACCAAUACCUAAAAUCUGAAAACAUUUCCCUGAUUUAUUAGAUCUUAUUAUCAAUUAUAUAUGCUCAGGAGCCAUAAAGGAUCCUAUGCUUUGCUGCUGCUUAGGGUUGGGACAAAAGGUGUUUUGGAUAAUCAAGGGAUCAAAUAUGGCCAAACAACAAGAAAUGAAGAACUGAAUGAGGGGCAAAUAAGUCAGGACUGGUGGUGGAGCGGUAACCAAAAGAGAUCAUGUGGGGGCAAAGCGUACUGCAGGUGCUACACAUCUAGGGGUAAAUCCUUCUCAUUUUAAGGUACAGGACAGACAGGGAUUCCUGUGGUGAAAUUAGCCUGGAUAUAUAAUUGUGAUCAGAGCAUAGUUCCAGGAAUAUUCAUGACCUCAACAGAGCCUGACGAAAAAGUUGAACCCAAAUGUCAUGGGUUUGGAAGACUCAUAAGAAUCGCAAUAUUUUUCUUGAGAUUGAAUUUAUAGGAGUCAAGACUCCAAAUUUGAUGUGGCCUAAAUGAAAUGAUAAAUACAAUUAAUAAAAAUGCAUGCGUGAAUAUGUGUCUGCUUGCCAUAGGUGAAAAGAGAGCUAAUGGCUUGUAUAAUAAAUCACUUUCCAUAAACAGUCUUCACGACCUAAUAAGGGAUGAAAAUGCUCUAAAUGUGAAUUGUUGCAUACAGUAUAUCUCCACAGUUCCUUCCUGUCCUCCCACGCAAAGAUGGCAACAGUUAUGACUGUCCUUCUCUUUGUCUCUGUGCUGCAAGGUGCCCUGUGUGUGAAGUUUGAGGUGAUUAUCCCACAGAAGAUAGAAGUUCUCAAUGGAUCCUGUGUGACCAUCCCCUGCUCCUUUGACAUAACCAACAAUUAUCUACCAAAUUUGAAUAGCACAUGCAAAGCAGAAUGGAAAGUUCAUCAAGGAACUGUUGUGUUCAUGAGCAGUAAUCCACGACAGAAUACAAUCAAGGGGAAAUUGACAGGAAACUUGACAAAAAAAAGAUUGCACCACAACCCUAAAUCACAUGUAAACUGUUACACUAAUAUAUAUAUUGUUGCGACUGGAAUGCAACAAUGCCCUGAAAUAUACUUUUAGGGAAACAACUAUGAAUAUCUCAGUCCAAGGUAGGUAUUAUUUGAACUUAAUUUCCCUUGUAGACGAGGACACUCAUUCACACAAUAUUAAAGGGAACUACAAAUGGGUGUCAAGCAAAAAGUAAAAGGCACAAUUACUAGGCCUAACUAGAUAAACUGUGUAAUAAGGGUGGUUUGUUAUUCAACACAUUUCACAAAUGUGUGUACGUGUGUGAAAGUGGAUGGAAAUUUCUGGUGUUAUUUCCUGAGGUGUUAACACAGCCAACUUUCUGCUAUCUGGCACAUUGCAUUAAAAUGACUAAUUUCAGAAUUUAUUAGGAAACUGUCUGACUAAAUAAAUCCACCUACGUAGAUUUCCUUUUUUCUUGAACUAAACUUGUACAUUCACACACUGCUUACUUACACAUACAUCUUUCUAGUUAAAAAUACAAAGUGAUUAUAAGUGUGUAAGAGGUGAGUACUGAUAAAACAUUUGAAUGAUCAACUUUGCAAGUGGAGUUUCUGUAUACAUCAAGUCAAGACUUUUACCCAAAUAUGUGUUCCUUGUCUUAAUUAACUCCUAUACUUAUAUUAUCACUUCUUUGUUUCAGAUCGAGUGAGGUUGCCAGUCUUCAACACUAUAGUUUCCACUCUACUGGUACUAAUUUGUGCUAUGCUGUUUGUUGUCAGGAUUCUGAAGAUUCAGCACAACCCUCGGGAGAGUCAAGGCAUAGGGGACACCAGCACAGUUCCCAUGAGCCAACUUCUAACAAGUGGAGAGGGAAAUUAGGUACCAAACCCAACAGAAGAAGACAUCUACGUCAACACCAAUGAGCUGAUACAAACAGCACCAACUUGCCAAGUCUGGGACCAACCAAUGCAGAAGCCAGUAAAAGCCCAGAGAAGGAGAAAGGCAGUGGUGAUAUUUACUCUAGAGUGAAUUUGAAGAACAAGAUAAGAAAAAAAAAAAAGAGGCAUUUGAGGGAGUUUUGUGAGCAAUGCUGGAUAUGGGAAAUCUGAAUAAAAUGGAGCCUGAAGAUGUGGACAAAUAGGUGGAAAAAUAAAUAUUCCCAGGUCGAAUGAAGGCAUUAAUGAUAUGCACAAAUAGAUCCCAAUUCAAUAAUAAUGUGUGAAUGUUUAAAAAGAAUACUAAUGUGAAUGCUUCUCUCUCUCUUGUAUGCAUGUUUGUCUUGAUUGUUAUUUUUAAGAACAAAUUAUGUGCCUUUGUUUUUGAGUUAAUGCCGUUUAAUCACAUUUAAGUGCAUAUAGAUUUUUAUGAUAAUUAUCCAUUUGUAUUCUUUAUUGUGUAAUGCGUAUUAAUAUAAAACACUGUGUAUUGACA